AUGCGACUCAUUGCAAUAGCCUCUUCUACUCACCCUUACCUUUACUCCGAAGUAAUUCAGCAUCCUGAAAUCAGGUGGCAAUUAAGAAUUUACGAUAUGGGCCGACUGGACGAAAAAGUUGCUCUCGUGACGGGCGCCGGAUCCGGCUUUGGAGCAGGUAUCUCUCAUGCAUUUGCAGCUGAGGGUGCUAAAGUUCUUGUGUGUGAUAUCAAUGAGGAGGGCGGUAUGAAGACGGUUGGAUCUUCGACCAAUAUGGCAUUCCACAAAAUGGAUGUUACCAAAGCGGCGGACUGGAAAGCGGCUGUCGACGCGACGAUCCAGAAAUUCGGAAAAUGCGACAUCUUGGUAAACAAUGCUGGCACAAGUUACCGGAACAAACCCACAUCGGAUGUUACGGAAGAGGAAUUUCAGAAGACAUUCGACGUAAACGUGAAGGGGGUGUUUCUUGGCUGCAAUGCCUGGGUUCCUCAAGCCAUUCAGAACAAAGAAGGCGGCGUGAUCAUCAACAUAGCGAGCGUGGGCGCAUCGAGACCACGACCAGGUUUGGUCUGGUAUAAUGCUUCCAAAGGCGCCGUGGCCAACGCUACCAAAGGACUGGCUGCUGAAUAUGGCGCUCAUCAGAUUCGUGUGAACAGUAUAUGCCCUCUGGUCACAUCCACAGGGCUAUUCUCGCAUUUCACUGGCAUGGAAGACACGCCAGAGAACCGCCAGAAGUUCAUAUUCAACGUCCCAUUGGGUCGUAUCGGUGAGGUUGAAGACGUAUCUUCAACGGCUGUUUUUCUGGCGAGCUCUGACGCAAAGUUCAUUACUGGUGUGAAUUUAGAUGUUGACGGAGGCCGCUGUAUCUAA